CCAUUCUUCACGCAGGAAUUACAACGCACGCCAUGGCAAACGAAAGCUUUCUCGAAGUUAUUCCCAGCAGAGACAUAGAUGGCCGUUCAAAUCACCUGAAACUAGGUAUCUGGGAGCCUCCUAUGUCUACAGUCGCCGACGAAUUGUUAACAGCGGCAAGGAUGGCUGUCUCUCCUCAUCUCCUAGUAAAAACUGUAAGUUCAGAUGAGGGGACAAAGAUCUUCUUAAGGGCUUUGGGUAAUUUUCUGGGUAGGAUUACUCUCUCCCAGUAUGGGAAGGAAGAGAAUAAUCAUUUUGCCUUUGAUAACUCAGUCAUAAAGGUGGAUGUUGACCAGGGUCUAGUUGAUUGUAAUAUUUCGGUCCAAGAUGCUUCAGAGAUUAGGAUCACAGGUAACACUUCUACUUUGGUUUCUGAGGGUCAGAUUGAUAUGGUUUUGAGGGGUGAGGACAGGUCUGAUGUUCCUCAGGAUGCAACGGAUAAGCAGUUAGCUCUUUGUCAUAGUCCUAACCAGGACGGUGAACACCAGCCUUCUUAUUUAAUUGAAUACCCUUUGCUGCCAAGAUCUAGGCUUUCUCCCUUAGCUGCUGAAUUCAUACCCACCAUGCCCAAUUCAUUUGCUGCUCUUUUCAACCAGGGAGAUUACACCACUAUAGAUUCUACAACAGAGGAAGAUCUAUUAGCACAUAUCAAUGAUAAAAAUAUGGCCCUUUGUAAUAAUGCCAUUGAGGAUUUUCUACCAGAAAGAGAUGAGCCUAUUUUGUACACCCAUUCAGAGGGUGAAGAUAAUGUUUUUAUUGAUUAUGCAAUUAAACCCCUCCAAAUUGACACCUCAAGAUGCUCUAAGACACCACUUAUUUUGGGAAGGGUGUUUAAAGGUAAGAAAACAUUCUCCCCUUCUCAAAUGGUGACUAGGAGUAAAGCACGACUUUUAGAUGAAGGUAGAAAAAAGACCCCUAUAGGUUGCCUGGAGGACCCCGAUGAACCAACAGAUACAUUCGCUGCCGAGAUCAUAGAAGCCUUCAAGAAAACAUGUCCUUCUCAGAAGGAGGUUCCUCCUAAAAAACAACAGCAACCACUGACUAGAAGCCAAAAAAAGAAAGCCAAAAAGAAGCUUAAACAAGCCAGGUCUGAAGAUCAACUAGAAGAUUUCUUUUAAUCAUCAUUUUGACUUUGGUUUUUGUGACGAGAUUUCGAGCUUGGCAGUUAACACGCCAAGCUAUGGUGAGGUUUUCAAAUGUGUUCUGUAUGGCUUGGAAGAAUUGAAUCUGAUUUCGUGGGUUCGCAUUUGCAAUCUGGAAAGAAUUGUGUGAAGGUUUAUAGGUCAAGCUAAUUUGGUUUUGCUCUAGCCAAGAUUUGCAGGUUUUUUUAAUUAAGCUUGGGUUUGAAA